AGAACAAAUCGUUCACCUGCUAUUUUUUCUCCUCUAAAAAGCUGUUUCAUUUAAUGUCCAAAGACUCUUAAAUCUAUAUAUGUAUUUUUUGUUUCACACAAAGUGUACUAAACUAAACUGAAACAGCUGUUAAGCAAUUCAAACGUGAAUCAACCAUGACCUCUCUGGGAAACAGCAGUUCUUCAACUACAGAGUAUACUGUAAGAGUCCCCAAAAAUACCAACAAGAAAUACAAUAUUAUGGCAUUCAAUGCAGGGGACAAGGUCAACUGUUCAACCUGGACACAGGCUCGUAUGGAAAGAGACAUGAGUGCUCGGCGGAUAUAUGGAGAGGAGGAGACUCCGGAGAGUGGUGCAGGCAGCGAGUUUGGAAAGAAACAGCGUGAGGAAGCUCGGCGAAAGAAGUUUGGCAUUGUGACCCGCGAGUUCAAGGCAGAGGAUCAGCCGUGGAUUUUAAAGGUCAAUGGCAAAGCUGGCAAGAGGUUCAAAGGGGUGAAGAAGGGCGGCGUCACAGAAAAUGCGUCCUACUACAUUUUCACACAGUGUCCUGAUGGAGCUUUCGAGGCUUUUCCUGUUCAUGGGUGGUACAACUUUACACAACAGGCAAAGCAUCGAACUCUGACGGCYGAAGAAGCUGAAGAAGAGUGGGGCAGGCGGAACAAGGUCGUAAACCACUUCAGCAUCAUGCUUCAGCGGCGUCUUCGGGAGCAGGAGCGCGGCGACGAUGAGGAAGACGAGGCCGAAAAAUCGGGGAAGAAGAAAAAGAAGGGAGGCGGGCGAGGGGGCGACCUGCUCAUCCACGAUCUGGAAGAUGACCUGGAGAUGAGCAGCGACGACAGUGACAGCAGCAUGGGGGAUGAUGGAGAAAGCAAGGUAAAGACGAAUAAAGCGACAGGGAAAGGAAAAGGAAAGAAAAAGAAACGUAAGAGCAAUGAAAAGGAUGCCCUGGAAGACAGCGAUGAUGGGGACUACGAGGGUCUGGAGGUGGAUUAUAUGUCAGAUGAAAGCAGCUCAGAUGAAGAGCCGACAAAUGAAAAACCCACUAAAGAAGAGGAGCACCCAAAGGGGAUUGACGAGGCGUCGGAGAGCGAAGAAGAGAGUGAAGAGGAGAAACAGAAUGAAGAUGAAGCAAAGGAGGAGGAAGAGGAGGAGGAAGGGAAGAAAACCCCGGUUCAACCGGAAAAGAAGAAGAAAAAAGASAGCAGCGGGGAGUCAGAGAGCUCGGAUGACAGUGACAUCGAGGGAGAGACGGCUUCAGCUUUAUUCAUGAARAAGCGGACGCCUCCGAAACGCGCGGGUGGCCGCGGCUCUGCGGGCAGCUCCAGGACGGGGAGUCGUCCCGGGACGCCGUCGAUAGACUCCGCCUCCACCUCCAACACGCUGCGUGCCGCUGCCAGCAAGCUGGAGCAAGGGAAGAGACAGGGCGCUCCUACAGAUUUGCCUGCGGCCAAAAGGCUCAAGAUGGAGCCCAACAGUCAGAGUCCUGUUCCCUCUGGGAAGAGCACGCCUCAGCCCCCAUCAGGCAAAUCCACCCCCAGCUCAAGUGACGUGCAGCUGACUGAGGAGGCGGUCCGCCGCUACCUGAUCCGUAAGCCGAUGACCACCAAAGACCUGCUGAAGAAGUUCCAGACCAAGCGCACCGGCCUGAGCAGCGAGCAGACGGUCAACGUGCUGGCACAGAUCCUGAAGCGCCUCAAUCCCGAGCGCAAGAACGUCAAYGACAAAAUGCACUUCUACCUGACAGAGUGACCGAGCGGUGGGGGUGAAGAACGGUCGGACGCUCUUCUCUGACACUUGGAAGGGUUUUGUUUAACAAACAGAACUUGGAACUGUUUUACAGAAGUAUUUUGUUGAACAUUCAGAAUUUGAUUUAGUUUGAACUCACAGGGUGGAAGGUUUUGUUUACGUUGGGUGAAAAACAAAGUGUGUUAACAGGUGACCUUAGAGCUCAGUUAAAAAUUUCAAAACAUUUUGUUUUUUGUGUGUUUUAAGUUGAACCUUUUUAUAAUAAAAUUUAAACCAAACUUU